AUGUAUCCGACAAACCCGCUACAACGGCCAUGGUCGAUCUCAUCACAGCCCGAGCCAUCAACAGCCAAGCCGCGUCCAACACCUCAGUUUUACGUGCCCUCUGUGCUGCUCCCCAGGGAAGCUGCGAACUCACCAACUGUGCACAAAAUUCAUAUUUUGGGCGACGAUGAAAGGUCCAAAUUCAUCGCCCAUGCGUUAUCAAGCGUAUACGAUUCCGUCGAACUGCUUGGGUGGAGAAGCAGUCCUUCCUCAAAAUAUCGCAACAUCCAGAAAGUCCGUCCCAACAACCGACGGUCAGCUGCCAAUGUCGAAGCCAACCUCGCUAUGCCUCGGGCCAUUACCCAGAGCGAUGAUUCGCGGAUUGACCAGCUCGUGGUAUCAGGCCGAGGUCAAGAAGCUGUAGAGGCUCUGCAGUCGGUGAAGAAUCGAAUUGAUGGAAAUACUACAGUCUGUUUGAUGAAUGAUGGACUUGGUGUGCUCGAGGAUGUGAGGAAGAAGAUCUUUGAGGGAACGGAUGCCGCACCAAACUUCUUGCUAGGCCACAUGAGCCACCGCCUGGCGUUUAAUCGAACAUACGACGCAGUUACCCAGCUCAAGCAAGGCCAAACAAAGUUGACCUUUGCCGAGGCGCCUCGUAUGCGCGUCAAAGAUAUGCACAAAGUCGAGUCGCGACCGAAUUUUGUCAAGACAUUAGAAGAAGCAAAGGACCUACAGACGACACUGACUUCGUUUGACCAGUGGCUCCGAUUUAAACUGCCUACAGUCAUCUUCGACUCUGUCGUUGAGCCUGUAUGCGUGCUCCUGGAGAUGCCAUACCAAGGCUUGCUGCAAAAUCCAGCGGCACAACGCAUGAUGCAUAGUUUACUGUCCGAGAUAAUCCAAGUUCUCGAAAAUCAGAAGGGCUCGCCUCGAGCAGCUCAAGGCGCAGUCCGGCGCAAGCAGCGGUGGCCAACCAUCCAACGGUGGCCAGGACCAAGAACGCCAAAAACAGCACGUCUCACACAUCCCACACGUCCCCUCGACGACCAGUCCCAGCGUACUAACCCUCCUGGUGAAUUCAGACAGCAAGACGAUGCUCGCCAGCACAUUCUGAAUCAGAUUCUGCACCCCGAGGCCGCCGACCGCCUGGGCCGCAUCAGGCUUGUGAAGGAGCAGCGUGCGACGGAUAUCGAGAACAGAUUGAUCACGCUGGCGCAGACGGGUCAGCUGAGGCAGAAGGUCACGGAGACACAGCUGAAGGAGCUACUGAAUGCGAUGGCGGAUAACAAGGAGGAGGAAAAGAUUGUGGUGAGCAGACGGAAGGGCUGGGAUGACGACGACGACCUGUUGGACUUGUAA